GGGGUGAAAUGCGAAUAGCAUCGCUUUGUUUGUUUUUCAAAUAAAUACAACAGGGGAUUAAUUUUAGGUGACGAAAAUCAGAUUCCAAGAAAGGAUCGGCUUUACAGGUCCUUAUCUUGAAAUAGAUGAAAAGGUGGAAGUGAAGAAGAAAUUGAAAUUAUUUUAUUAAACUUUAAAGUUAAAUUACUGCUAAAUUAGUAUUUUCUUCCGCUUUAUUUAUCCAGCCAAAUUUCAACGAUUUAAGUUGAGAUUUCUCAAGAGAAAAUAUUUUCAAAUUUCGUUGAAGAAUAAACAACGAAAUUUUAUCUCAGUGUUUGCGAUAUUUCAAGCGAAUGAGUCUAUAAAAAACUGACGGUUCCUUCGCUAAUGGUCUCCAUAAAUAUUCAUCAUAAAUCACAACAAAAAAGACGCAAAGAAAAGUGAAAAUGCUUGCUCUUGGGGAAAAACCGGUGGAUUGUUAAUGUAACGCAAAAAAGGAAGCUGCCUUGACCUUUCGUGAUUCUAAAGCAGCAAAAGAACCGAAUUCAAUUGCUGAGACCGCCAAUAGUAAAAGAGCAUCCAACAAAACGAAAUUUCAUUAAGAAAACAGAAGAAGCGCACAUAUUCGAUUUGAGAAAAGAGGAAAUCGGAGAAUCGUUCUCCUUUUUUUUUUGGCCAACAGCCGCGAGCUCGUUUUCGACGGCCGAUUGGUGUGCGGCGCAUACCAAAAGCGGCCGAGGAAGUGUUUGGGAAAUGAGAUUUUCAGCACCCGGGGCGCGGGUUGGUUUCGACGCCCACGCGAUCGCAGGGUGCGGAAUACGAAUUGCCAGGGUGGUGGACAGGCCGUGGAGGCGCGCGCGAUCGCAGCAGCGCCGCCCUUGUCUUGCCCCCAAUCUGCCGCCACCCGACCGACAUGAAGCACCUGCUGCGCUGCACGCUGCUCCUGAUGGCCACUUCGAGUGCCCUCGCUGCCGUCUUGCCCUGCACCUCUACCAACGAUUGCCCCGACUACUGGACCCUAGAGCGAAUGCGAGAGCACUUGAAUCAGUGUUGGAGGAUGGACUGGUGUAGGCGGCUGUUGCGCAAAACCCUGGAAGAUUUAAAUCAGGAGCACCUGAUGGACAGCUUGAGCAACAGCAAGAGGGACGUUUUCACCAGCCGAGGGUGGGCCGCCGGGGGGUUGCCGUCGCACUUCGCCAGUAACAGGAAAAAUCAGCAGCAGCAGCCGGAGAUGAAUACCAACAACCGGCAGCCCCGAUUCAGCGCCCUUCAGGGUCUCAACCCAGGCGUCGCCCUGAUCGCCGACUCGAGGAUAUACGAAGAGGACCCUGAUGCCAAUGAGCAACUGCAGGCCGCCCCCCAAAAGAUCACCCAACCAAAGGUGGAAAACAGCACCCACCACAACAAAAACUAUUCGGGCCUGCCGCAGUUGUUUGUUUCGUACGGGUGGGGACCCCUGGGGCGGAAGUAAACGAUGAAUUCAUGUUGGCCAUUUCAGUUUUGAAUGUGAAAUUGUCAUUAUUUUUUUUUAAUUUCAGACUCAGACUCUGCUCAUCUUUCUGUCACCCUUUCGGCAAUAAAUGUUCAUAGCA